UCUUUGUCCUGAAAGAGUUUUAAAUGAAACUAUAGAGUGUGAUCGAGUGCAUAGGAGAUGACGAAUUGAUCAAGAAGUGCUAAAUUGUAACAUGGCAGGUGUCGUUCUGGAAAAUUUGAGCUGGAAAAAGCUCAUAGUCCUUGGCGUAUUUCUUUUAAUUUUAAUGAUCACGUUCUUUUUAGUCGGAGGUAUCGUUUCACCAAAGCCAUCAAAUGUUGUCACCGUAUUGGCAACCAGGUGCUAUGACAGAGGAAGCAGACUAAACAGGACAAAAUGGUUCAUUCCGAGAGGGCCACAUAAGUGUGAGGAAUUGCCGUCUCUUGACCCUGAGGAUGAGAUCAUCAUCAACAAUUCUAUCACUGAGAAGCAGGUGGUGUUUUCCUUCUGGAUCCCAGGGCCACGAGACGGGGCCGAGAGGAAAAUGUCUCCUCUGUUCCAGUCCAUGUUAGGAGUACUGCAGCUUGAUGUCGAAAAAAACUUAAAAGUACCACUGUCUAAGAACCCGGUUCUCCAGCUUGAUGUUCGUAUGGGGGUCAGAGAUGAGGAUGACAAGGACGAUGACUGGAAGCUCCUGGCAAGCUCAGUGGAAGACCGCAAUCUACAAUGUAAGCUGGACAAGAACAAAAAGGAGGGCUAUUUGUAUGACUGUGAACUCCUGCAGCUUUUUGAGCUGGGAAGCAUCAGUCAUCAUUUCUAUUUGGUGAAUAUCAGGCUUCCCGUCAAUUUCUUGAAAGGCUACAAUGUGGGAAUUGGCAAAGUGGUGGAUAUGUACAUUCAUGUAAUACAUCAGAAUGGAGGUUUCACCAUCGUGUGGGUAACAAUGAAGAGUGUAAUGUUCUUACUGGUCCUGUCUAUUCUUAUCUGGUUCUGGAGGAGAAUCAUGCAGUUAGGGAGACCACCAAAUCUAUUAGAAAGAACUUUGUUUGCCUUAGGAGUUGUAAUGUCAAUCCUUAAUUGUCCCAUUGAACUGCUACAGUUUGGCCUUAAUGUCCCUUUCAUGCUGCUUUUGAAUGACAUCCGCCAAGGAGCAUUCUAUGCUAUGCUGAUGUCCUUCUGGGUUAUUUUUGCUGGGGAGCAUAUCAUGGACCAGACAGAGAGAAAUCGGCUGAGCUUAUAUUGGAAACAUCUGUCGGCCAUUAUCUUUGGAUCGAUCUGUCUCUUUGUCUUUGACAUGUGUGAAAGGGGAAUCCAGCUGAAGAAUCCAUUUUUCAGCAUAUGGGUGACCAGUGCUGGGACCAAAUUAGCUCUUGCCUUCAUCAUCUUGGCAGGAAUUGCAGCAGGAUGCUACUUUCUGUUUCUGUGUUACAUGAUUUUCUGUGUGAUGAAGAAUAUCAGUGCAAAGAAGGCCUCAUUGCCAAGCAUGAGUCAGCUACGCCGUAAAUUCUACUUGGGAAUUAUUUACCGAUUUCGCUUCCUAAUGCUGGCAACUCUGGUUUGUGCUGCCUUCACUGUCAUCUUUUUCAUCAUCUCCCAACUGAAUGAGGGGGAGUGGAGAUGGGGAGAUCAUGAACUGAGUAUGGAAUAUACCAGUGCAUUUUUCACAGGGGUGUAUGGUAUGUGGAACGUCUAUGUGUGUGGACUGCUGUCUCUGUAUGCACCAUCUCAUAAAACUGUUGUAGAAAUCGACUCGGCCGAUGGCUCAACUGAAGAAAACGUUCAGCUGACCCAGUUACCAACCACGCCCUCCGAAACAUCUGCUCUGCAAGCUCUGACAUCCAAGGCUGCUCAGGAUUAGUGUUAAUUCUAGCUAGCCAUUGUCAGAAUAUUAAAUGGAAAACAGUUAAAGAUGGACUAGCCAUUGUCAGAAUAUUAAAUGGAAAACAGUUAAAGGUGGACUUUUAUCUUAUCUGUAGCUUUGUAUUUACAAACAGGACAGUACGGGGUAUCAUUUGUAUUUAUGAAAAAGAACAAUAUAGGUAUAGAAUCUCAAUACGAUUUUGGUAUGCUGAAUCCCUAAAAACAAUUACGAUUAAAAGGUUCCAGUGAAUAAUUAAACGGUAAUUUUUUGAUGUUCUUCCUUGAUAUGGAUCUACAUCUGACCUUGGACAAACUUAUAUACAGAGAGAAUUAUCAGCAAUAUUUAUUUAUUUUUGUGAUAGAAAUGUGUUCUUGUACUUAAUUUUACAGAUCUGACUUGCAUUAUAUGUUUCUAUAUACAAGUAGUUGUGACUUUUUCUAUGUGGUAUAUCGUAUUAUUUACUACGCUUUUGUUAUUUAAUAUACAUGUAUUUAUAAAACAAAGUAUCUAAUUGUGUACAUUGUCAUUAUCAUCAGACUUGUUUGAUACAUUUUUAAUAAGUAAUACUUCCUUGUUUUAUAACGAGUUCACUAGAUUUGAACAAUGGAAUUUUGUUUCUUGGCAUUAUUUCCUCUUUAAAAGAGGAAUGUUUAUACACACAUUUGUGGAAACUUUAAACUUUGCAAUGCUUAGAAGUACUUAAUAUAGAUAUGAAUUCCAAAUGCUGCUUUAAUCAAAAUGGAUUGCUUUAUAUGAAUUUAUUAUUACACCCACCAUAUUUGAUUGUUUAACGUGUUUGUAGAUAUGUUAUGAAUUUGUAUUGAUGUGAUUUUUUUUUUCAAAUAUACUUUUACCAUAAAAUGAUAUACAAUUUAUUUUUACUUUAUAUAGCAAGUUCAUAUAUAUGUAUCUUCAAUGUAACAUGCUUUUUAAAGGAUCUAUUUUUGAGGCAAAAAAAACUUAAUUAAAGAGAUAAGUAUUUCACAGUUUUGUAAAAUGUGUUUUCUUAAGGGAAAACCUGAUUUGAACACUUCUUUUGUUUAGAAAGAUCUGGCACAACUCCGUUUUCACUCCUAUGGGAGUACAAAUGUCCGAAAAUUUUCGAAUAUCUGGCAUUUAUUCUUUCCCAUAACCUGACAGUAAAUCUUUGACUAGUAUUAGGAACAAUUUCCAGAAUUACAAGUUUUUCUAGGAAAUUACUGAGUUGUGAUGAAGGUUUUUAUUUUAAUUUCAUUUCCUUUUAUUUGUUGAGUGUUUAUUCAUUAUUUUGAAGCAGACUAGCAUUUUGUACAACUCCGUGUAAUUAAGUUCUUUUGAGCUUUGAAAUAAAUGUUUUAUCCAUACUUA